GAGCGUUUAGCAAUUAGAAUCAUUAUCCUUUUGUUGUUGUGGGGUUGUCUUUUGUGUUCUGAAGCAUCCCAAAUGGAACUGGCAACUGUAACAAACCAAAGAAGCAUUGGGUAGUUAAUAACUUGUACAAGUUGGAAUUGGGCAUGAAGGUUGCAUGCUUCACCCCUGAUGUUAAUGUCUCAUACUUGGGAACUCCAACAACAACAAGGUUUGGUUCACAGGAAGCUCUUUUCUUUAUUCAAAAGUGUAGCAAUUUCAAACAGCUUAAACAAGUCCAUGGUAGAAUAACCCGUUUUGGUCUCACCUAUGACCAAUUGCUUAUUAGGAAGAUCAUUCAGUUAUCUUCUUGUUUUGGCAAAAUGAACUAUGCAACUUUGGUAUUUGACCAACUCAAUGCCCCAGAUACCUUCACUUGGAAUGUCAUGAUUAGAGCUUAUAGUAUCAGUGGUUCCCCUGAAAAGGCCCUUCUUUUGUUCAAGGCUAUGUUAUGCCAGGGCUUUUCACCUGACAAGUUUACAUACCCUUUUGUGAUUAAUGCUUGCGUGUCUUCCUCUGCCCUUGAUUUUGGAAGAGUAGUCCAUGCUUUUGCCAUCAAAAUGGGAUUUUGGGGUGACACUUAUGUGCAGAACACUAUGAUGAAUCUUUACUUCAAGUGUGAGAAUGCAGAUGCUGGAUGGAAGGUGUUUGAUAAAAUGCGUGUUCGACAGGUGGUGUCAUGGACCACCGUGAUUGCUGGGCUUGCAGCUUGCGGGAAAUUGGACGCUGCCCGGGAAAUAUUUGAGCAGAUGCCUUGUAAAGAUGUUGUUUCAUGGACAGCAAUGAUUGAUGGGUAUGUGAAACACAAGCAACCUGUUGAAGCUUUUGAUUUGUUUGAAAGAAUGAAGCUUGAUAAUGUGAGGCCAAAUGAGUUCACUGUGGUGAGCUUGAUCGGUGCUUGUACUGAGAUGGGUAGCCUGAAGUUGGGUAGAAGGAUUCAUGAUUUUGCUCUCAAGAAUGGUUUUGAGGUUGGACCUUUCUUGGGUACAGCUCUUAUAGACAUGUACAGCAAAUGUGGCAGUUUAAAUGAUGCAAGGAGAGUGUUUAAUAUGAUGCAGGUGAGAAACUUGGCUACUUGGAAUACAAUGAUCACUAGCUUGGGUGUGCAUGGGUUGAGGAACGAAGCUCUAGCCCUUUUUGAAGAAAUGGAGAAGGCAAAUGUAGUUCCGGAUGCUAUCACUUUUGUAGGUGUUCUGAGUGCUUGCGUUCAUAUGAAUCACCUGGAAGAAGGUCCGAAGUAUUUCACUCUUAUGACAGAACAUUAUGGUAUAAAACCUGUUUUGGAGCACUAUACAUGUAUAGUUGAACUCUAUACUCGUGCUAAUAUGUUGGAUGAGAUUUACACAUUAGAGAACACAAUGUCAAUGAAAGCAAAUCAUGAUGUUGCAGAAUUGCUCCAAGAGCUCAAACUCACUGAUAUUGAUGACAUAAAGAAACUUAUACACAAGCAUUAUGGGGAUUUGAAUUUCUCGGAACUAGUUUUAGAUCAUUCCUCCACUAGUUCUCCACCUCAACUACAAAGCUUCAAGUGGGAUGUUGCCUGAUAUGAACCAAACAAGUAGAUGAAUUGUGACUCUAUUAACAUUCUGUAUCUCAUGCUAUGAUGUCUUUCUCUGGGAGCUUUUAAGAGAAGCCUAAAUACGACAUAGCCAAUAGGAUGCCUCUAAUUUUGUGUAUAAAAUGAUACGGGAACCAUGUUCUUCCCGAAUGAUUUUUAGAAUAUA